AUGGCCCGGACGCGGCGCUCCUACUCCCCAUCCUCCCGCUCGCGCUCCUCCUCCGCGGGACCCCGCGAUCACCACAAGAAACCCGGCAUAAAAACCGCAGCCGUCUUCAUCGCCGCCAUUGCCGUCGCCUCCCUCGCCGUCCACAAGCUCUGGCCGCGCGGCAUAAUUCACUCAGAAAAGGAGCACUGGGAACACUCGCCACCACCAGGUGGCCGCCGGUCCCGCAGGCACAACGCCAUACGGGACCGCCACAACGGGUAUAUCGACUACGACGACCACAACGUCUGGGACCGCAACGACUACCCCCGCGACGGACGGAGGCUGUCCGAGAGGGAGUACCACCCUCCCCGUAGCCGCGGCGGCAGACGGUCGCGCGGCUAUGGAAGUGAGAGCGAAGGGGAUUCGUAUUACUCUGAUGACUACCUCCCGUCUCCGAGCGAGCGCUUCGAAAGACGAGGUAGAAUCGAAGGGGAUAGCCGAGGGCGAUCGCGUGGAGUCGGCGCGGAGGGGGAGAAUGAGAUGGUGAGAUAUGAGAAGCAGUCAAACAGGUCAGAAGCUGCCGGGAGUCGAUUCGUGGAGGAGCGUCUACCAAGGCCGCGAUACAAUGAAGCCGUGGAGGAUUGGAGCCGGCGCGGUGAUCAACGAUUUCCUUCACCACCCCGCCAGCCAGAGUACGUGGACCGAAGGUCCCGGCGGAGGUCUGAUUAUUAUUAG